UCUGAGCCACUACAGCAGUCGUCUGGUCACGCUACGUCACGUCCUCUCUCAAGUUCUUGUGCUGUGAUGGAGCGCUCGCAAAACAUGCACACCGUGUUACUCCUAGCAUUCGCAUGCUUGCUGGCGACUUCCUCCUCUGCUGAUACGAAACCGCCCAACAUCAUUUUCAUACUCGCUGAUGAUAUGGGCUGGAAUGAUGUCAGUUUUCACGGUUCCAAACAAAUUCCUACACCCAACAUCGACGCAUUGGCUUACCAUGGGAUCAUCUUGAACAACCAUUAUGUUCAACCAAUCUGCACACCCUCCAGAGCCGCCUUUAUGACGGGAAAGUACCCUAUACGCACAGGUGAGCAGGGUACCCCUAUGGACGAGCACGAGGGUCGCGGGUUACCCAACGGCAUGCUACUGCCUGGCUACCUGAAGCAGCUCGGUUACGUCACCAGAGCCGUCGGCAAGUGGCACCUGGGCUUCCACGAGGUGGAGCUCACGCCCACCUACCGCGGGUUCGACUCCUUCCUGGGUCACUGGGGCGGCUCCAUCGGCUACUUCGACUUCAUCGUCCAGACUACACCCGACGGCAAGGAGCUGAACGGCUACAUCCUGUGGAAGAACCUGACGACGGCGUGGGAGCACGCCGGCCGCUACUCCACCGACGUCUACACGGAGGAGGCGGAGCGGCUCAUCCUGGAACACGACACGGAGAGGCCGCUCUUCCUGUACCUGGCGCACCAGGCCUGCCACUCGGGGGACCCCGCCGCCCCCGUCACCGCGCCUCAGGACACCAUCAACAAGUUCCUCUACAUAUCGGACCCCAACAGGCGCAUAUACGCAGGCGUGGUGUCCAAACUGGAUGAAUCGGUGGGCCGAGUGGUGGCGGCGCUGCAGAGCCGAGGAAUGUUGGAGAACUCCAUCAUCGUCUUCACUCCGGACAACGGAGCGCCCACAACGGGCAAAACCGCCAACUGGGGUUCCAAUUACCCCUUCAGAGGCUUGAAAGCGACGCUGUGGGAAGGCGGUGUGCGAUCCCCGGCCCUGGUGUGGAGCCCGCUGCUGCAGAACACGCCCAGAGUGUCCCACCAGCUGAUGCACGUCACCGAUUGGCUGCCCACGUUCUACGCUGCUGCAGGAGGAAAUGUGUCGUCACUUCCGGAAGACCUGGACGGCGUCAACUUGUGGGACGCUCUCGUCACUAACGCUGAAUCUCCACGAACAGAGGUGCUGCUUAAUAUAGACGAGAAGGUCGGAAACGGUGCCAUUCGCAUCGGCGACUGGAAGCUCGUGAAAGGAGUCCAGAACAACGCCGCUGGUGCUGGCUACCUGGGCGCAAGUGGCGCGGAGAACAGCCGCUCCACGCCGGCCUACGGCCCACAGCAGGUGUUGGCCAGCCCGGCCGGUCAGGCGGUGUCCAGCGUGCUGGGAGGGUCCACCUCUCCUGAGGACAUGCUGCGGCUGCGCGCCCAGGCCACCGUGUCCUGUCCGGACCGCCCGCAAACGCCACUCUGCCAGCUUCUUAACAGCUCUGACGUCUGCGUCUACAACAUCACCCAGGACCCCUGCGAGGCCGGAGACGUGGAGGUUCCCGAGGAAGUCCUCAGCAUGCUGCUCGAGAGGCUCGAGGAAUUCUGGCAGCAGCUGACGCCCCAGGAGGAGUCCAACAGCCACCCAGACAUAGCGGACCCUGCGCGCUGGAAUUACACCUGGGUGCCGUGGAGCACGUGCAAUGCUGACAGCUCCCACUCCUUCUGCAAUGUCGUAGACUGA